AUGACUGUCAGCGUGUAUGUGUCCGUCACGACUGUCAGCGUGUAUGUGUCCGUCACGACUGUCAGCGUGUAUGUGUCCGUCACGACUGUCAGCGUGUAUGGGUCCAUCAUGACUGUCAGCGUGUAUGGGUCCAUCACGACUGUCAGCGUGUAUGGGUCCAUCACGACUGUCAGCGUGUAUGUGUCCGUCACGACUGUCAGCGUGUAUGUGUCCGUCACGACUGUCAGCGUGUAUGGGUCCAUCACGACUGUCAGCGUGUAUGGGUCCGUCACGACUGUCAGCGUGUAUGUGUCCGUCACGACUGUCAGCGUGUAUGUGUCCGUCACGACUGUCAGCGUGUAUGUGUCCGUCACGACUGUCAGCGUGUAUGGGUCCGUCACGACUGUCAGCGUGUAUGGGUCCGUCACGACUGUCAGCGUGUAUGGGUCCGUCACGACUGUCAGCGUGUAUGUGUCCGUCACGACUGUCAGCGUGUAUGGGUCCGUCACGACUGUCAGCGUGUAUGGGUCCGUCACGACUGUCAGCGUGUAUGUGUCCGUCACGACUGUCAGCGUGUAUGUGUCCGUCACGACUGUCAGCGUGUAUGGGUCCGUCACGACUGUCAGCGUGUAUGUGUCCAUCACGACUGUCAGCGUGUAUGUGUCCGUCACGACUGUCAGCGUGUAUGGGUCCGUCACGACUGUCAGCGUGUAUGGGUCCGUCACCACUGUCAGCGUGUAUGGGUCCGUCACCACUGUCAGCGUGUAUGGGUCCGUCACCACUGUCAGCGUGUAUGGGUCCGUCACCACUGUCAGCGUGUAUGGGUCCGUCACCACUGUCAGCGUGUAUGGGUCCGUCACCACUGUCAGCGUGUAUGGGUCCAUCACGACUGUCAGCGUGUAUGGGUCCGUCAUGACUGUCAGCGUGUAUGGGUCCGUCACGACUGUCAGCGUGUAUGGGUCCAUCACGACUGUCAGCGUGUAUGGGUCCGUCACGACUGUCAGCGUGUAUGGGUCCAUCAUGACUUGUGAGAGUCCAGUAGAGUGUGAGAGUCCAGUAGAGUGCGAGAGUCCAGUAGAGUGUGAGAGUCCAGUAGAGUGUGAGAGUCCAGUAGAGUGCGAGAGUCCAGUAGAGUGUGAGAGUCCAGUAGAGUGUGAGAGUCCAGUAGAGUGCGAGAGUCCAGUAGAGUGUGAAAGUCCAGUAGAGUGCGAGAGUCCAGUAGAGUGUGAGAGUCCAGUAGAGUGCGAGAGUCCAGUAGAGUGUGAAAAGUGUGAGAGUCCAGUAGAGUGCGAGAGUCCAGUAGAGUGUGAGAGUCCAGUAGAGUGUGAGAGUCCAGUAGAGUGCGAGAGUCCAGUAGAGUGCGAGAGUCCAGUAGAGUGUGAAAGUCCAGUAGAGUGCGAGAGUCCAGUAGAGUGUGAGAGUCCAGUAGAGUGCGAGAGUCCAGUAGAGUGUGAAAGUCCAGGACUUUGUACGUCUGGCAAGCGGCUCGAGGACGCGGUAUCUAUAGCAACGGGAAUAAAGCGACCCAGCCUUGUGUCGGGUUAUAAAAGUUUAAUGAGAUUUAACAUCAAGGAUAAACUUAUGGAUGUCAGACUUCAGCCACGGGGAGAGGAAGGCGGGGAGGAGACUGAGUCUGGCACCACGCGACUGGUGCGGCCGGCGAGCGACAGCUGUUGGGGAACUUAUCUGGAGUUUUACGGCCAUUAUUCCAUUGAAAAGAAGACGAAGUCCCUGGAACCUCUCGUUGAGUGA